AUGGGAAGACUUAUCAAGAAUCACUGGGCACGUCUAAUUGUCCUCACUGCCGCAAUUUAUCAAGUAGCAGCUGCAAUCGAAGGAUUCUUCUGGCCCAAAAUCUUCUGGGACUUUCUCACCAAGAAUCUCGACGGUGCCGUCAAGCCUUUGCCAAUAUUACAAAUCAUCAAUUUGGUUUUUGGCCUAUUUAUGCUAGCUUGGGAGUGGCCACUUGGAUUCCUCGUUGGCACGUCUUUCUAUCGCAGCAUCGAGGCUCGAUUGGUUAUCCUCCCUUUGACAGCUUUGGCUUCCGCGUUACUAUACCAAGCCACCAACCCAGCUAUCUACUACACCAUUGCACUGGUGGUAUAUUUCUGGGCGUAUAGUGAAGGGGAAGUGAUAGCUGGGGUUUGGAAGCUUCCUCCUCGGAGAUCCACAACGGGAAAGGUUUAA